ACAGAACGAUCCGCGACUGUGAUGAAAUGGGGGUGUAGUGGCAGUGUUUUGGUUUUGACACAGACAUAUAAAACAAAAAUUUUAUAUGUUAAAUAUUAUUAUAUAUUAUUAGUUAUUACACUAAUUGACUAAUUACAUUAUAUUCAAAGCCAGAAGAUAACGUAAAUACACUAGAUAGGGCAGUUAGGCAAAUCAAUAAACAUAGAACCACAACUUACUGUUUUUCCCUUUUUAAAAUUGAUAACAAGAAUACAAGACACGUGAGAAUGUGAGAUAACUGAUAAGAAGUAUAAUAUGAAUAAUUGAAUUAUAUAUUGUAUUUCUUAAAUCGUGAAUCGUGAAUCUUGAUGUUUAUAGAAUAAUAUAAGCCACAGGGUAAUACAAAUAUUACUUAAUUUUAUUGUUUCGUUAUUCCUGUAUCGUGUUGUAGUCUGACGCAAGUGCAAGUUCUAUCAAGUCUGUGCUCAUAAAACGAUAGUUUAAAAUAAAAUGCGUCUUAAGCGCCACCAAAAAGCCGAACGCAACAUCAAUUUCUACUGCGUCAGCUUUGGUUUUCGAAAACCGUUUCAAUUGCUCGUUGAUGGCACAUUUUGUAUGGCUUCAGCACAAAACAGAGUACAAUUACGUGAAGACAUUCCAAAGUAUUUGGGCGGUGAUGUAAAAUUUUUAACCACACAGUGUGUUGUUCUUGAGACUGAAGCAUUGGGUGCUGCUGUUCGACCGGCCAUGCACAUUGUAAAAAAUUUUGGUAUACAUAAAUGUGGACACGAAAAAAAACCCAUAUCCGGAGCAAGUUGCUUGACAUCAAUGGUAAAAGAUAAUAUGAAAACCAGAUAUAUUAUUGCUACUCAGGACAAAUCACUACAAAAUGCUCUUUAUGUUCUUCCUGCUGUUCCUGUUAUGUAUUUUAAUGGUUUGAGUGUUAUUCUAAAAGCACCUUCACCAACUUCUAUUGAUCAUGCCAAUCAAAAGCGAUUAUCUAGAUUUAAUUUAACUGAACAUGAAACCAAUGUUUUGACAAGUAUGAAAAGUUCAAUUACAACAGAGUUAUGUAGUAAUGAAGAAUUAAAAGAUUAUCCUGGAGUAUUCAAAAGAGCUAAAGGACCUAAUCCACUUUCAUGCAAACCCAAAAAGAAGAAAAUUCACGAAGAUUGUAGUAUACCCAAAGUAGAAAAUAAACCAAAACGUAAAAGAAAUAGAGUUAAAAUAGCAAAACAUGUUAAAGAAGAAUUAAAAAAAAUGAAUAAGCCAAUUUCAAUAUCAUAAAAUAUUUAGGAACAUCUCAUAAAAUAAACAUUUCAAUAAUCAGCUAUAAAAUUAAGAUUAUUAAUGCUAACUUUUAUUAAUCAAUUGAUUAUUAUAUUUAACUGAAUUGUAUUAUAAAUAUAAUAAUGAUUUAUAUUCAAAAGUUAAAAAUUAUUUUAUAUUAAAUAAGAAGAAUUAAGUUAUAGUGGCUAGUGGCUCCAAUUACUAUGUAUAAGUAUUGCAGUACCUAAUUAAAAUGUGUGAUAUCAAUAUAUCAUGGCAGACAAUGGUGGUCCAUAUGAUAUAAGUAUACAAGUUAUAUAAUAUAUUGAAUAUAGUUGUAUACAAUUUAUCCUAUGUUUAAGUAUAAAAUAUUCAGUGUUUACUGAAACCUCUUAUCUUAGAUUUUGUUUUUAUGCAAUAACAUUUGAAACUGACAUUAGGGCUUCUGAUGGCAAAGGUAGCAUAUCUUACUCUAAAUUAAUGAGGCUACUACUAAAUUAAAAAAUUUAGUAUUUAAACUGUUUAAAAGUUUUAUGGUUCAGUAGUCUAUGUAGUCAGUAUAUAAUAUAGCCUUGUAGGCAAACGAAAAAUCGGUGAAGCCCAAAACAACUUUUUCAUGAAUUAUAGGUAAUGAAAUUUCUAUUUCUGAUAAAAAUUAAUUUUGAGUUAAUUUAAACAAUAUGGGAUUACCAUAGAGAUAUGCAAGGUGCAAUUCGAAACUUGAUCAGAUUCUUUUUAGGGGCAUAGUAAAAUGUAUAUUGUAUAUAUUAUAAUAUUUCAUUAGUACAAUAUUUUUAUGAAAAUUAUAAUGAUUUUAUUUGUCAUAUUUAUGAAAUAAAAUUUAAAAUAUUUAUAUA